AGGAAUCUACGACACAACCUUUCUUUAAGCCAGCACCACCAAAACAAUACCCUGACGUGGGACCUACGGUUGGUCGAGGAGGUGGAGGGAAAGGCACAAUGAAGACGACUUUCACCACCGUUGACCUGCUCGCCAUUGUGGCAGAGCUUAAGCAGAGAAUCCAGGGCAUGAGAGUUGUGCAGGUGUAUGACAUUGACGCCAGGACCUACCUCAUCAAGCUCCAGAAACCUGACAACAAGUGCAUCCUCCUCCUGGAGUCAGGAUCACGCAUUCACGCUACUGACUAUGAAUGGCCGAAGAGCCCUGCACCCUCGGGUUUCUCCAUGAAGCUGAGGAAGCACCUAAAAAACAAACGUAUUGAGUCAGUUGAGCAACUUGGAGUUGACCGUAUAGUUGACUUAACCUUUGGGUCAGGUGACGCACAACACCAUGUUAUUGUGGAAUUGUAUGACCGAGGAAACAUUGUCCUCACAGACAAGUCCUACAACAUCCUCAAUAUCCUACGUCCUCGCAAAGAAGGAGAAGAUGUCAGAUUUGCAGUCCAUGAGAAAUAUCCAGUGGAAAGAGCACGUGGGGCAAAGGAUCCCCCAACUUUAGAGAACUUAAAGGCUGCUGUUGCAUCAGCCAAGGAUAAUACACCGCUGAAGAAAAUACUCAACCCCUUGCUAGACUGUGGAGGAGGUGUUAUCGACCACCAUCUUCUGGAAGCAGGCUUUCCCCCCAGUGCAAAACUUGGCAACCACCUCAAGGCAGAUGACGAUCUCACGCAGCUACAUCAGGCAGCCACCAAAGCACAGGCUGUUGUUACUGCUUGGGGUGAAAAAACCCAGUCAUCAGGUUACAUCAUCAAGAAAGUUGAGAAUCGUACGAAGUCCGAUGGCACAGUGGAGGAAGUGCAUAUCUUCGAGGAAUUUAUACCUAUGCUUUAUGCUCAGUAUGCGAAUCGACCUCAUGACAAGUUUCCUUCUUUCAAUAUGGCUUGUGAUGAAUUCUUUUCCAAGAUGGAAGCUGUCAAGAUUGACCAGAAGGCCAUGCAGCAAGAGAAGGAAGCACUGAAAAAGCUGGCCAAUGUCAAGCAGGACCACAUGAAACGAUUGCAAGACCUGAGCAACAUGCAAAAGAACAACAUCUUGCAAGGGCAACUUAUAGAACUAAACAAAGAUCUGGUGGAAAAGGCCAUUCUGGUUGUACGCAGUUUAGUUGCCAAUCAGAUUGACUGGCGACAGAUCGGUGAGCUACUGGAUGAGGCUAAGACAAGAGGGGACCCAGUAGCUCUCUCCAUCAAGGAACUAAAGCUGGAAAAAAACACUAUUGCUCUUUCUCUUAGCGAUCCAUAUGAUUUUGAUGAAGAUGACCUCCUCCUGGAUUCAGAUGAAGAACGUGAGGAAGGCCACGAGUCAACCAAGAUGCGGCCAAUGGCUGUGGAGAUUGACCUUGAUAUCUCGGCAAUGGCUAAUGCUCGAUGCUACUAUGACCAGAAGAGACAGGCGGCCAAGAAGGAGCAGAAGACCAUCAGCGCAUCGGCCAAGGCGUUGCAGUCAGCCGAAAAGAAGACACGCCAGACCCUCAAGGAAGUAGCAGCCAUUACCAACAUAAACAAAGCCCGGAAGGUUCAUUGGUUUGAAAAGUUCCUGUGGUUCAUCUCUUCAGAAAAUUAUCUGGUGAUUGCUGGUCGAGACAUGCAGAUGAAUGAAAUGGUUGUUAAGCGACAUCUAAAGCCUCGUGAUGUCUACGUCCACGCUGACCUCCAUGGAGCUGCCAGUGUGGUGAUCAAAAACCCCAGUGGCAAGGAGCCCCCCCCAAAAACCCUUCAUGAAGCUGGAAUCAUGGCCCUCUGUUAUAGCCGUGCAUGGGAUGAGAAGGUGGUGACAUCAGCAUGGUGGGUGUGGGGUGACCAGGUGAGCAAGACAGCACAGGCAGGAGAGUACCUCACAACUGGUGCCUUUAUGGUCCGUGGAAAGAAGAACUUCCUCCCCCCAUCGCACCUUGUAUAUGGUUUUGGCUUCGUCUUCCGGUUAGAGGAGGGCUCAAUAGCAAGACAUGCUGGUGAGAGGCGUAUUAGAUCAUUGGAAGAGGACUCUGAUGCUAAAGAAAGCCUUGAAAAUCUCUCCAUCAAUGAAGAAGAACUGAUUUUGGAUGACAAAGAUGAGGAGCAGGAAAAUAUUAUCAAAGAAGAAGAUGAAGAGAAAGAUGAAGAAUUUAAAGUAGAAAAUGAGAAUGUCUCGAUGAAGGAAGAAGACUCGGAAGGGGAAGGCGAUAAUGAAGAUGCAAAAGACGAAUUGGAGGAAGAUAGAAACCAAUCUGUUGAGUUCCCAGAUACUGUGGUGGAGAUUGCACAUAUUGGCGGAGAUCAAUUCGCGCUGCGUCCAAGGACAGUCUCAACCACUUCGCAGAUCUCUCAGUCAAGUGUAGGAGGAGGUGAAGAGGAGGAAGAUAAAGUGGUGUACUUGGGAGAUGACAAGCCUGUGCAGGUCAACAGGAACAAGAACAACAGUAUUAGCAAAGAUUCUAAAGCAGGAAAGAAAGGAAAGAACAGGCAAGACUCUCUGUCAAACACACAGCAAAAUAACAAAAAUGCAAAACAACAGCAGAAGGAAAUAGACAAUAACAAAGGUGUUCCCCCUAAAAGAGGACAGAAGGGGAAACUGAAGAAAAUCAAAGCCAAAUAUCGCGAUCAGGAUGAAGAAGAGAGAGAGAUGAGGAUGCAGCUGUUACAGUCAAUGGGAAAUGCCAAAGAAUCGAAGAAGGCUAAGGGAAACAAAAAGGAUGUGAAGGAAGGGAAAGGAAAGGGACCCAAACCUCGGCCAUCUGAAACACAACCCCGACCCGAAGCAGCUCAGCCUAAGCCUGAAGGUGAACAGGGGAAGAAGGAGGAAGACCAGGAGGAAGAUGAGGAGGACACCCCCCAGAUUGCUGAUGACCUGAACAUCGUCAAUGCGCUGACGGCCCAGCCAGUAGCAGAGGAUGAGCUCCUGUAUGCCAUUCCUGUGUGUGCUCCAUACUCAACAAUGGCAAACUACAAAUACAAAGUUAAACUGACGCCAGGGCCAGGGAAGAAGGGCAAAGCCUGCAAGACUGCCCUGGCACUCUUCAUGGGUGACAAGACUUCUACAACUCGUGAGAAGGACCUCCUGAGGGCUGUGCGUGACAAUGACCUGUCCAAAAACCUGCCAGGGAAGGUCAAAGUGUCUGCACCCAACAUUCACAAAGUCCGGAAGUAGAAGACACGCAGAUAAUGCAGCAGAAUGCGGUGAUUUUGUUGAGGAUUUUUAUGAUUUAAUAAUUAUUAACUUUUAAUAUUUUUUAUUUUUCUAUAGUUUACCAUUUCUCCAGUCACUCAUCCACAUUCAUAUCUGUUAUGUUAUUGUUCCAAACAUCAUUUAGGGUUGAAGAUGAAUAAUUAUUUAAUGAUCACUAAAUCACAAAUCACCUGUUGCCAAGAUCUAGCUGUGUACCUUAGCAAGAACCAGACAGGAUUUUGUGCUAGAAACACCAUGUUUUGAGAAGUGCCUGCUUGUUCUCUGUUUACUCGGUUACAUCUCCACUUUUGAGCCAUGGAGGCCAGGGUUCUUAGCCAGUGAGAGGCCUGGGUUAACCUGCCUUUUGCACACCUCUAUCUUCUCCUAUUUACCUACCCCUCCUCCUCCUCCACUUUCCUUUCCCUUCUUUCUUCCUUGUCCCCCUCCCACUCUCUUGCCUCUGCUUGUCCCUCCUCCUCCUCCUCUCUACCCCCAUCCAGUGUUUUUCUCCAACUUAACUGCCUAUUAACUCUUCUAUAGGUAAUGAUUAUUUCGGGUUAUUUGUUAUAACGUUGUUGUAUUUAUUUAUGGUUAUUUAUGUUAUAUUGUUUUUGUAUGUUAGCCAGAAAACAGGUUGUACUGAUUAUUAAUUUUUUACCUACCUUUUUUUUCAUGCUUUCAUGUGGGUCUGGCAGGUAUCUCUAAUGGUUUUCCAGCUGUAAGCCAUCAUAUUGGCUUUACCCUGUAUAUAGUGUGACAGACUUUGAAUAUAUAUGUAAAUAUAUAUUUUUCAUAUUUGCAAAGAUAACCUUUUAAUUAAUUAUGGAAGGAAGAUUGGGUCACCAACUUUGCAAGUAAAGAAAAUGGGCUUUCAGUAUUGUUUAUCAUUUUUUGCCAUUGUGAGAUUUACAGCCACUUUCAAGAGAUAUCCCUUGUUCAUCACCAUCAUCCUCAUGUUCUUUCUUUCUCCUUCUUCUCCUUCUCCUUCUCGCUUCUUUCUUUCUUCUUC